AUGGCAGAACUAAAGCUUUUCAGGACAUGGUCAACUCCAUUUGCCCUGAGGAUCAUUUGGGCACUGAAACUUAAGGGCAUAGAAUAUGAAACCAUAUUUGAAGAUCUUACCAACAAGAGCCCUUUACUUCUCCAGCACAAUCCUGUUCUCAAAAAGGUUCCAGUGCUGGUGCAUGAUGGAAACGCGAUUGCAGAAUCGCUUGUAAUUCUUGAAUACAUCGAGGAGACAUGGCAAAACACUCCCAUAUUGCCAAAAGAUCCUUAUGAGAAAGCCAUGGCACCACGGCAUGUUUUGCAUACCCAAGGAAAAGAGCAAGAGGAAGCUACAGCUGCUUUUAUGGAGAACCUGAAAUUCAUAGAAGAAGAGAUAAGAGGAAAAAAAGUCUUCGGCGGAGAGACUAUUGGAUUUCUAGAACUUGCAUUGGCUUGGAUGGCUAAUUUGAUCAGCGUAUUUGAAGAGGUAACAGGUCUUAAAGUGGUAGAUUCAGAAACGUUCCAAUUGAUAUUCGCCUGGAUGAAAAACUUCUCAGAUGUUCCAGUUAUCAGAGAACACUGGCCGCCUUGUGGUAAGCUGAUUACAAGAGCCAAACUAUGCAUGAGAAAUACCUUGCAGCAGCAGCACCAAAAUGAACUAGUUCACAAAGCCCUGCACGAACCUUCAAAGUUCCUACAAUCACAUGAAUGA